AUGAAAACAGCAAAUUGCAAAAAUCUGACUUUAAACGAUACAAAACCAAAUUUUAAUGACCAUGUUGCUCAACUUCAAGAAACGCCCGAAAGGGACUGUUUGCUACCCGCGUUCCAAUCAUUAUCACAGCUGGAAUGCUUUGUGGAUGUCAAUAAUGAUAUUAACAAGACCGAGUCGAGCGAUAGUCCUUGUCGACGGCAACUGACAAAGAGUGAAGCCAAAAAAUUGAACACUGAAAGGUAUAUUAACAAAUGGCAAAUAAAUUCUGAUCAAGGUACCAAUUCUGUUGGUUCCUCCGAGGCAAAAUCCACGGCGUACAGCAAGAGCUUGGAGAAGCACGAGAAAUACAAACCAGUCAAGAAAUCAACCAUUGAAAAGCAUAUCACACAGGUUAAAUCUGUUGAAAUGGGGAUGUCAUCAGCUGACACGGAGAAAUCAGUGCACACGUAUCGAAAAGAGAUGUCAGGGCCGGAUGCACCUGUAUUAGAUGUGUGCAACAAAAGUGGAACAAUGUGUAGGUCAAUCGAUACACUACAUGAUAGUGAAUGUGACACUAAAUUCGAUGAAGAUGAUGACAAUGCUAGUGAGACGUACCAGCGCUUGACUGUACGUGCCUUAUUAAAGAAAUAUGAACGCUUGGCGGAGGAGUCAAACCUUUCUCAGCAACACCAAGAACAACAAUUGCCUCUGAAGCCACAACAAAAGUCCCAGUCGGCUCAAUCCAUCAUAGCGAGUCGUGCAAAUUUGCCUGCAGAGCCGUCCACACCAGAGGAGUGGAAAAACGCGGAGGCACGUUAUGAUCAGUUGCAAAAGCAGAAGAUGAUACUGGAAGGACAACUAUCGCGUUUACCCAGUCGAAGCUCCGUAGAAAAAGUUGCUGUAAAUAAAGAAGAGGAAUUCUUGGCAAAUCAACUCAGUCGUGUCGAUCGAGAAUUGUCCGCUCUAAGGCUUCUAAUGCGUAAACACUUCUCGCAAACACGCAUUCAACUGAAGGCAAAACAUUGA